CACUCACUGACAGUUGAGAGUUGAGAUUACUCGGUGCAGGAUGGUGUGACUUCAGUGAGACCUUGAACGAAACAUUUAUCCAACUUUUAUAUUGCAAACCUCUUGUCUGGCUGAUAAGUGGACUCUUGUGUUUGUGUGGACGCUAAACCACUUUACCUGUUGAUUCCCCCCCCCCACCUUUAUCUAUUUUUGUAUGCGAGUGUCUGUGACAGAGAGUCUGACUCAGGCAUGGCUGAGGUACCGCAGCCGGUCGAAAUAGACCCGGAAUUUGAGCCUCUCUCCCGGCCGCGGUCCUGCACCUGGCCGCUUCCCCGACCGGAGCUCAACGACCCGGCCAGCUCCAACACCUCCUCACCGGCACCGUCGGUGCAGCAGGAGCCCGGAGGAAACACCGACUUCAUCAGCAACCUCGGCUUGUUAGAGGAGGACUAUGAAGAGUAUGCGGACCAAAAUGACUUUCAGUGUCGAGAGGGGAACUGUGUGCCUCCACAGCACCACCACCUCCAUCCCCUCCAGCAGCCCCAGCAGCAGCUCCCCAGUCCUCUGCUGCCGCCUCAGCAGCAGCAGGUGCCGCCUCCGGGCGUCGCACCGCUGGGCAGCAGCUCAAGCCAGAGGAAGAGCAGCUCCUCCCGCCGUAACGCCUGGGGGAACAUGUCGUACGCCGACCUGAUCACCAAAGCCAUAGACAGCACACCUGAGAAGAGGCUGACUCUGUCUCAGAUUUACGACUGGAUGGUGAAGAACGUGCCUUACUUCAAGGAUAAAGGAGACAGCAACAGCUCCGCGGGCUGGAAGAACUCCAUCAGACACAACCUGUCGCUGCACAGCCGCUUUGUGCGCAUACAGAACGAGGGGACGGGCAAAAGCUCCUGGUGGAUGUUGAACCCAGAGGGGGGAAAGACCGGGAAGUCCCCUCGGCGCAGAGCAGCCUCCAUGGACAACAACAGUAAGUUCGCCAAGAGCAGAGGAAGGGCCACGAAGAAAAAGAUGGCUCUACAGGAAGAGGUUGAGGGGGGAGCAGGCAGCCCUGGUUCCCAGUACUCUAACUGGCUGGGGAGCCCAAACUCUCACAGUAAUGAGGACUUUGAAGCCUGGAGCUCCUUCAGGACGCGCACCAGCUCUGACGCCAGCACCCUCAGUGGCUGCCAUUCGCCUUUCCCUCCUGACGCGGAUGACCUCGGCGAGUCUGACGGCCACAUGAUGUACCCCGGAGCGUCGGGAACCAAGAUAACCUCCCCUCUGCCCAGCCUGUCUGAGGUGGCCGGAUCCAUGCGCCAGCACGGCUCAGAGAUCGUCAUGGAGGGUCUGCUGGAUAACCUGAACCUGCUGCCCCCUAAAACCCCACAGCUGGUUUCUGACUCCACACAUUCAUCAAAUGCUGCCAUGCUUCAGAGCGGCCCCUACAGCUCCGCCGGCUUGACCCCGCUCCCACAGAAAGACUACCGCAAAUGCAUGUACAGCCAGGUCAGGAUGAAUAACCUGUCCCCCGCCCCCCUGCAGACGCUCCCAGAGACCAAGCCGGGCUUUGGGGCUUAUGAGAACCAGUACAUCUGCCCCGCUGGCCUCCUCAAAGACCUGCUGACCUCAGAUGCAGAAGCCAGUAGGGAGGUGGGGAGGGGAGGUUGCCAACUGCCCCCUUACAGCCGCCAGAGCCACAUGGGGGGUCAUAACGGGGUAAAAAUGAUGAACACUCCUCAGAGUCACCCAGGUCCUCAUGUUAAUCCACAAGCUAUACAUAGACAGGGUCCUCCGAGCUCACACGAUUUGAAUAGCUGUAACAUGAUCCCCCUGACUAGUCUGACUAGUCCUUCAGGGGCCCCUCAUCGAAUGACCAGCCUGAGGACAUUCAAGCAGCUGCCCCGCGGACACCCAGCACACACUUACGCUGUUUCCACCGGCUACGGCAGCAACAGCGGCUACAGGGCGCUCAGCUCGGUCCACCCCCACAGUCAUCACCAGGAGCGGCUGCCCAGCGACCUGGACAACGUGUCCCUCGAGAGGCUUGAGUGUGACAUGGAGACAGUGCUCCAUGACACCCUCAUGGACGGCGGGGCCCUCGACUUUAACUUUGAACCCGCAGCCGGGCCUCACGGGUUCCCCCAGAGGGUGAAGACCACCACACACAGCUGGGUGUCAGGAUAGGAGCCAUGGUGGUGUCACAAAAAGGUUUUUCUCUCAGUGCCAUGUUGCUGUUCACCUUCAUUCAGAGGCUGGAAACUGUAAAUCGACCGCCAGCCAUCCUUUUACACAGAGCCACAAAAAGUUAUUGUAAAAUAGCAAACUAUUCUUGCUUGGACUUUCAAAACUGGAAACAAAUAUUUGUUUAUUUCUGCUGGUUUGUUUUUUAUAUAAAGAUGUACAAUACCGUGAAUUACACAUACAGAAGACAGCAUCAAAGUGCCGAACAAGCAAAGUCUUAGUCAUUUGUGUAGGACUUAGAGAUUUACCAACUCACUUAAAUGUACUCACAGGUUUGGUUUGACCACACACUGUACUGUUGGUGGAGGUAGAGGAUUUGUAUUUGCCAACCUCCAUUGAAACUACCCAAUUAAAGUAGUGUCGGUCCUGCACAGCAGCAUAUCUUCGAUGAGCUAACAUUAUUAAGGAUUAUUCUAACAGUCCAAUAAAAAGUAGAGGGUUUUUUUUUUUUCAUUCUGGGCUUGAAACGUAAAGAGGGAUAUGAAAACUGCUCCCAGAUCUUUGAAGGAGGACAUGGUAUUAUAUUCUAGCGGACAAUAAAACCUGCUAAAUUGGACAAAUUGACACUAUUCUUAAGAGUCAAGCCUUUAAAGCGAAAUGCUUUCACAAGUGGAAACCUAUUCAUUCCACUUAAUGCAAGAUAAAACGAUAUAUCAUCUGCAAAAGUGAAUUAAAAGGACCCAUGAGAGCAGUAUAUUUUAAGGGGAAUUGACUCUUAAUAACCACAAAAAAGGUAAUUAAAAAAACACCAAUAAAUCUUGAAUUCAUCGCCAUAGAUUAAAUGUUUAUGAACAGAUGAGCUCUGCACUCAAAUUGAGAACCAGCCAUGUCUCCUCGCCUUUAGAUGUCGUUUGUAUAUAUGAGUGAAAUCAAUUAAUCAUCCAUAUAGUGUAUUAAGGUAUUUAUUUCAGUUUGAAUUUUAAGUAUAGCCGUUUGUUCUUGUAAAGUGAAAUGUGUGCCUACGCUGUUGCGAUGUAUAUACUGCAUUUGAGGGGCUUUUUUUUCUUGUUGCAUCAAACAUACAUUCUAUUGAAGAAGCAAAGGACAGACACUUUAUGAAGUGGCCUUCUAGUAAUCAUCAAAUCAUCAAUACAAACUGGAUCCGUACAGCCCAAUAUCAAAUAACACAUUUGUCUCAGGGGGCUUUACACACCACACUCAACAAACGUGAAAAUUACAGAAUAUAAAAUAAAAUACAAUUCACUCUAAAUCCAUAUCAAUCUCAAUGAAUACAGAGGCUGUGUCCUCCUAGUUAUGUUGGUUAUUCUUGAGUAUUUUCAGAAAUGGGGGACACCUAUAGAGAAUAAUGCCUUUGUAUUUUGUGCUUUUGGGGGCUAAAUGUUGCCUUCAGGGAAAACCUACAUGAACCUUUGUGACAAUUAGAUAUUUAAACACACUUUAGUUAAGAAAGAACCUUUAGAAACUGCAUUUGGAUGAUCUGAAAAGUGAUCAAAUUCUUGAAAAAGGGACAUUUUUGACUUAAAAUCAGAAAUCAGCAAUUCUUUAUUAGUCCCACAACGGGGAAAUGUGAAUGCAUGAUACAGUGGGAGAAGCGGUAGAUUAGAGACGUGAUGCCUUCAGGAGAUACCCUGCAUGAACCUCUGUUACAUUAGUGCCUUCUACCACAGUUUUAGUUCAGAUCAACUUUUCAAAACUGCAUUUGGAUUAACUGGAAAUCAGUUUUCUAAGUAUUUGGGGUUUUUCACCUGAACUAAAAUGCCUGAAGCAGUGGGAGGAGCAGUAGGCGGAGAGACUGAUGAUGGAAACAGAUGGUCACAUUUAACAUUUAGUUGACACAAUUCAUUUUUUACCUCCCAGCCGCUACGGUUUUUAUGCACCAAAGCUAUCUACUCUACCAAACACGUUUCAAAGAAAUCGUGCCAAUGAACUGUGCCUACUCUGUCUCACAGUAAUGCUGUACAUAUUAGCGUUACCUUUUUGUGUAUGAAUAUGAUUUUUACUGAUCAGUCUGAAGUAUUAUACUAUAUCUAUGGUUGUGUUUAGAAAUGGUUGUUUACAUAUCUCAGUCCAGAUCAUAUCAAUUAAUAUACAAACACUCAUACCUCAAAAUAUUUUACCUCUGAAGUGUCGGAGGAAUUUCUCCGGACAUUUUCCUCAGUGAGUAACGUGUCUGCGUUUUUGACACGCAUAUUUUUGUACAUAUUUCUUUUUGUAUGUAUUUGAUUAUUGCUGAUUGGACCUGUGACGCACCGUUUGCCUUCUUAUUCCUAGUAUUUUCUUGUGCUUGAGGAUUAUAGCCAUUAGUUUCUAGUAAAUGUAUUGUGCCAUAAAUCUGCAUUUGUGUAAAAUACAUGUUUUGAAAGAUUAAAAAAUAAAGUGGAUUCAUGUGUUGUUAAGAAAAAAACUCAAGGACAAUUAUUCCCUAAAGAGAAUUAAUUUAUUUCAUGGAAUAAAGCUUCUACUUUUGUAAUUAUUAUUAUUAAAGCUUAUCAGAAAUAAAUGUGGGAUGGGAGCAUCUAUAUUGUGGGUUAAAUCGCUACCUUGAAGAAGUGAGAUUUUGUUAUCUUCUAUUUUUUUUUUAAAGAGAGUAUAAUGCAUUUUUAUAUCUAAUCUUUGACAUUAAAGACAUGAUGAAGCCUA